AUGGCGGGCGGUAUUAUUAAACAGUCGAAUACUAGUAAUGCAGAUUAUCAAAGAGAGAUGGAAGGAGACAUGUCUGCAGCACUCAAACUCCAUGAACGCCUCGUGGCUUACACACAUCUUGUUGCUGGAGAUUCAGAGACCCGUUCCGGUGUGUGGUGCGAGCACUCGUACGCGCGCGCAAGGGACGGCGCCGGAGCGGGGGCGGGGGCGGUGGCGGAGGUGCGCGAGCUGCUCGUAGCCGCCCCUCCCCCCGCCUCCGCCGCGCCCCUCGACGUCGAGCGUGUACAGCGCGACGUCGCGGCGCCGCUGCCGGGCGACGACGCCGACGAAACGGAUCCAGAUGCCGACGCCGACGCCGACGACGAAGCGGGCGACUGGGAGGGGCGCGUGGGCGGGCAGGCGCCGAGCGCCGCGCACCGGCGACUCGCCGACGCCGCACUGGACGCUCUGCGGGAGAUGACGCUGGCGCGGCUGGCGGGCGCGGGGCGGGCGGCGGGCGCGACGCUGAGGCGGGAGCAGGCGCGCGUGGCGGCGCGGCGCCUCAGGCGGGCGCUGGCGCCGAUGUGGGCGGCGGGGGGCGCGCGCGCGGCGUCGUGGCUCCACAGCGCCCUCUGCGCCGCGUUGCCGCGACGCCAGCGCGCGUUGUACGACGAGGUGCUGGCGGAGCUGCGCCGCUCGGUGCCGCGGCUCGCCGAGCGCUUCACGCCGCACCUGCCGCCGGUGCCGCCCGACCCGCUGGAGCCGCCCGACGCCGAUCCGGCGGCGGCGCGGGGCGACGCGCUGCUGGUGUGGGUGGGGGCGGGCGGGGCGGCGGACGAGCGCUGGCUGCGGCGGCUGCGCGCUCUAGUUCCGACGCGCAGCUUGAGCGCCGAGCCGCCGGGGCUGGGGCGCGCGGCGCCGGACCGCUGGUGCGCCUCAGCUGCGGCCACCGCGCGCACGCGGCUGGCGGACGCGCUCGCCGACGCCGGCGCCGGGUCGAGGUUCGUGGUGCUGGGCGGCGUGGGGGCGGGGGCGGCGCUGUGCGCGGCUUUGGCGGCGGGAGGGGGCGGCGGCAGCGGGGGAGGGGGCGGCGGCGGUGGAGGGGGGGCGCAGGGGCCGAAGCCGCGCGCCCUCCUCCUACUGGCGCCGCCACUCCUCACCGCGGAGGGCGCGCGCGACGAGCCAGACGACGUGCUGCACGAGCUGCGGCUGCCGAUGCUGGUGGUGGCGGGCGGGGGCGGGGCGGCGUGCGGGAGGGGCGCCGCAGCGGCGCUAGCGUCCCGCCCGCCGCGGCGGCUGCUCGUCAUCGGGGGCGCCGACGACGCGCUGCGGCUGCCCUCCGCGCUGCGACGCCGCCUGCGGCUGCCGCAGCACGCGCUCGACGCCGCGAUCGCGGACGAAUGCGCGCGUUGGGUCCGGGAAGUGGCUCGAGGGAAACACGAGCGCUCAGCCAAUACUGAGCUGGCCAAAGGCCUCGGCUCUUCACAAGAAACGGAGACAGAGGAAGAUGAGUACGCGCACCUCUCAAUGACCACAUCCCGUCCCGCUGGGACGCGCGUGGUGACCCGCGUGAGUGGCGGCACGCCGCUGCCGCUGAGCGCUCCUCGCCGCGCCGAGCAGCUGGACGCGGCCGCCAUCCUGCAGCUGCCCAUCGUGUUCGCCGACGACGACCCGCCCGCCCUCGCGCCCCUCAGCUCGGCCCACGCCGCCCCGGCGCCCUCUAUGUCGAACGCAAGUACAGCUGACGGUUCGCUGACCGUGCGUAGCGGUGCGCGGCGCGGCAAGUUCACGCGUGUGAUCGUAGCGCGCCGCGGCAUGCCCCGCCCCUCGCUACGUGCUACGGCACGGCCCCCGCUACGAGGCGUGCACGCGCGCCACGUUCCUAGGACGCCCACCUCG